GACGGGGGUAAUAGAGGUGAUGUCUCGGGGGUAAACUCGAGAAAUCCCAAAACCCCAGUCUGCGAGCUAGCGAUCGAGGAAAGAAAAAGUUAGCUGGAGAUUGAAGAAGAUGACUGAUCCAAAGAAGGGGCGUGUACAAUGGGAUGAAGCCAAUAUUGUGGAGAUUGAAUCUAACAAGCCUGUUAGGCAGAAGAUCACUGAGCCUAAGACUCCUUACCACCCCAUGAUUCAUGAUGAUGAUGAUGAUGAAGGUUCUCUCUCUCCUAGAGGAGGCAGAUCGUUCAACGAAUGCGUUGACGAUAUGCAACGUGCGGAAGAUCUGAGGAAUGUUCUCAAUGGUGAAGCAGUUUCUUCCGGUAAGGGGUCUGGUUCUGGUGGUGGCGGCUGGAGCUCGGCGGAGGAUGAAGAAGCAGAUCCAUUAGAUGAUGAAGGUUUGGAAGGUGAGAAAAAUGAGAGGUUCAGUGAACUCAGAAGAGUACAUUACGAUGAGUUCCACAAGGUGAAGGAACUGAGGUCCCUAGGGUCCUUCUACGAAGAAGAAGAAGAGGGCGAGGAUGAUGGUGCGAGUAAAGCAGAGACAACGACCUCACCACACAGCGAAGGCCGCGUUAACAAAGAGGUAGAAGCAGCGAGGAAGUCAUCUUCAUCCUCCAGUUGAUGAUACUGAACCCUCUCUGUUCAAUCAAAUGUGUUCUCUUGUCCAGGUUUAAUAGAGCUCUCUCUCAAUCUAAUCUAAACCCUUUUAAAAGGAAAAGGAACAAGAAAACAAAAAUCAAGAUUCUGAAACUAUGUUAUGUUGUUACAGCAUUUUAAUGCAAAUUGCUUACAAUCAAAUAUUAUUUCGUCCA